CCUGGACUCCUGACUCGGACAGCCUGAGGUCAACCACCACCCCGCCGCCUGCGGGUUGUAGGACAUCAUGAGCCACUCAGGGUCUGUGAGCUGCUGCCCGGGUGCCACCAAUGGCAGCCUGGGACGAUCGGAUGGAAUGGCCAAAAUGAGCGCCAAGGACCUGUUUGAGCAGAGGAAGAAAUACUCCAACUCCACCGUGAUCAUGCAGGAGACAUCGCAGUACCACGUGCAGCACCUGGCCACAUUCAUCAUGGACAAGAGCGAGGCCAUCACCACCGUGGAUGAUGCCAUCCGCAAGCUGGUGCAGCUGAGCUCCAAGGAGAAGAUCUGGACACAGGAGAUGUUGCUGCAGGUGGACGACCGGUGCCUGCGGCUCCUGGACAUCGAGUCCCAGGAGGAGCUGGAGAACUUCCCGCUGCCCACGGUGCAGCUGAGCCAGACGGUGCUGAACCAGCUGCGGUAUCAGUCCGUCCUGCUGCUGGUGUGCCAGGACUCGGAGCAGCACAAGCCCGACGUGCACUUCUUCCACUGCGACGAGGUGGAGGCGGAGCUCAUCCAUGAGGACAUCGAGAGCGCGCUGGCCGACUGCCGGCUGGGCAAGAAGACGCGGCCACAGACGCUCAAGGGCCACCAGGAGAAGAUCCGGCAGCGACAGUCCAUCCUGCCGCCCCCUCAAGGCCCGGCCCCCAUCCCUUUCCAACGCCUCAGCGGUGACUCCCCCCAGGCCCGGAACCGUGUGGGGCCCUGGCUGCCUCCGGGAGAGCCAGGAUUCCGCCACCAGGAGUCGCCGGACGAGGAACCGCGGGCCGUGCUGGCCCAGAAGAUCGAGAAGGAGACGCAAAUCCUCAACUGCGCCCUGGACGACAUUGAGUGGUUCGUGGCGCGGCUGCAGAAGGCGGCGGAGGCCUUCAAGCAGCUGAACCAGCGCAAGAAGGGAAAGAAGAAGGGGCGGCGUGGACCGGCAGAGGGCGUCCUCACGCUGCGGGCGCGGCCUCCGUCCGAGGCUGAGUUUGUCGAUUGCUUCCAGAAGACCAAGCUGGCCAUCAACCUGCUGGCCAAGCUGCAGAAGCACAUCCAGAACCCAAGCGCGGCGGAGCUUGUGCACUUCCUGUUCGGCCCUCUGGACCUGAUCGUGAACACGUGCGGGGGACCCGACAUCGCCCGCAGCGUCUCCAGCCCCCUGCUGUCCCGCGAGGCCGUGAGCUUCCUGCGCGGCCACCUGGUGCCCAAGGAGAUGGCGCUGUGGGAGUCCAUGGGGGAGACGUGGACACGGCCGCGCGCCGAGUGGCCGCGGGAGCCGCAGGUGCCCCCCUACGUGCCCAGGUUCCACAGCGGCUGGGAGCCCCCCCUGGACGUGCUGCAGGAGGCGCCCUGGGAGGUGGAGGGACUGGGCGCUCCCGCGGACGAGCUGGCCCCCGGGAACCGGCAGUCCUUCCGAAACUCGGUGAAGCCCGCCGUGGCCGCUGAGAGCACGCCCCCCGGUGACGCCCUGCCCCCGGGCCCCACACAGGGUCACAGGGGCUACCCGGGCGCCCCGGCCAUGGCCAAGUACGUCCGCGUCCUCUACGACUUCACGGCGCGGAACGCCAACGAGCUGUCGGUGCUCCGGGGCGAGGUCCUGGAGGUGCUGGAGGAUGGCCGGCAGUGGUGGAAGCUCCGCAGCCGCAGUGGCCAGGCCGGCUACGUGCCCUGUAACAUCCUGGACGAGGCCCGGCCCGAGGACGCCGCCGGCCCGCCCGAGCAGGCCGGUCAGAAAUACUGGGGCCCCACUAGCCCGACGCACAAGCUGCCCCCCAGCUUCGCAGGCGACAAAGACGAGCUCAUCCAACACAUGGACGAGGUCAACGACGAGCUGGCCCGCAAGAUCAGCAACAUCCGCGCGCAGCCGCAGCGCCACGUGCGCGUGGAGCGCAGCCCGCCCGUGAGCGCGCCGCUCUCCUUCGAGUCCGGCCCCGACCAGGUCCGCGCCUGGCUGGAAGCAAAGGCCUUCAGCGCCCGCGUCGUCGAGCACCUGGGCAUCCUGACCGGCCCGCAGCUCUUCUCGCUCAACAAGGACGAGCUAAGGAAGGUGUGCGGGGAGGAGGGCGCACGCGUGUACAGCCAGCUCUCUGUGCAGAAGGCCGUGCUGGAGAAGCAACAGACCGGGUCGGAGCUGGAGGAGCUCAUGAGCAGGUUCCAGAGGCGAGGGGACCCCUAGAGCCAGCGCGCACCUGCGGGGCCGCACCUGCGGGGCUGCCUGUGCCAGGAGCGGACGGGGGCGGCACAGGGUGGGACCCCGCACCUGUGCCCCUCUUCCUGCCCCAGCCCACCCCCGGCUGACCUCGGCCGAAGCUGCUGCAGCCGAGGGAGCAGCACCUCACUGCAGGCCACGGAGCCCCGGGAGCUGGGGCUCUGCCUGCCUCUCCCUUGUCCACUGCGCGCCAGGCCACCCCUUCAUCCCCCAGGGGCAGCCUGGACAGGGGCUUGGAGACAGGCCUUCAAGGAUCAGGAUGGAGUGGACAUGAGGGGGGCUGCCCACACCCACU